GGAGGAAACUAAUAAUCUCGUUACAAUGGGCUUACACGUUUUCUGGCCGGCGACUGCUUGCCUGACGCUGUUCGUGGUUUGCGUAAUAAUUCUGAUGCUGAAGUACGGCGGGCGCGUUUGCAAGUUGCGACACGAGCCCCUACGAUCCGACCAAGAAUGGGAGGGCAAAGCCUACACCCGGAAGCUGUCCGUCUCCGUGGAGUGAGAGCCAUGGACCGGCCACGAACUAUCCCGAGAAGAAGAUGCACCUAGUUCGUACAACGUGUCUUAUCGAAAACAGAAUAGCGCACGACCGGCAAAAAAACUGCCGAUGCAGCUCUCACACGCAAGAGAUCUUCCAAAAUUUUUACAAUUUUUACAACCUUAAUCUUUCUCUGGGACACACACACACACACACGUGCAAGAAUAUACUCAUGUUUCGUAUACAUUGUAUAGACACAGUAUUAGUCAUGUAAGAUAAAUAAGAUCUGACAUUCCGUCCAUUCAUAUAUUUGUAUUAUGUUUUAUGUUAACACAAAAAAAACGUAUAUAUAUACGUAUAAACACAAUUUCUUCGGAAAUCAGUGUAAUAAUAAUUGUUCGAAAAAUGUUAACGAAAUCAAAACUAAUCGUUUGCGAGAUACUUUUGAAGAGAAAUCUCUUUAUAUAUCCGUCCAUUGUAUGUAUCUCGUUUUUAUAUAUUAUAUUGUCUAAUAUAUAUAUAUAUAUUGUUCGAAAAUAUAUUCGUGAGCGAUAAACAGAGCACUUUUAUAACUUUUGUACCGAUACGUUUUUUUCAAAUAAAGAUCAAGUGUUAUGAUAAAUAGAAAGGAUCAUCUUCCGUCUUCGAAUAAUUUUAGUGAAAUUUGCCGAUUCCGAGACAACGAAUAAUAAAGUUACCAAACGAAGUAUCACACUUAUGUUACGUAUGUGUGUAUGUAUAUAUAUAUAUAUAUAUAUAAUAUUUUACUUUUAUUGACAACAUUGGAUUUUUGUUACAUGUGUAAUGUGGUUACACAAUUACUUCAAUAAGUAAGUAGAUGCAUUAUACAAUUCUUUAAUAGUAGUUCGUAAAGAAAA